UUCCCGGAGCCGUCCUUUCCCUGAGCCUCGGGACCGGCAGGAGGGAUCUCCGUGUGCGGACCGGGCAGGGACCCCCCCAGAGUGAGAAGAGGGGGUGUACGGACAUCCAAAGGGCUUCAGCCUGCCAUGGGUCCCCGCUCACCCCUGACCUGCCCACUGCCACCCUGCCAAGGUGCAUGUAGGGUCCCCGGGGGGUGAGAGGCUCCGCUGCCAGUCUUAUGAGGGAGCCCAUAGCCAGCCCAGGGCCGGGACGGGAUGCCCGAAGAAUGAAGUAACCGUGAUGGAGCCGGUAUCAGCCCCGGGCUCCAGACUCCGAGCAGCCGCGUCCAGAGGGAGAUCGCUCUUUGUUUGGAUAAUUCUAUAUAUUUCCUGUUGCCUGGAUAUUUCUCAGGGAGCAGCUGAAGAUGUGGACGUUCUUCAGAAGCUGGGCCUCAUGGGAAGCAAGCCAUCCAGCCGCCCAGUUCCCGAAGGGGUCAUACCAUUUAAAUCGGGAUUCAUUUUGACGCAGAGAGCGCGUGUAGAAGCCCCCGUUCAUGCAGUCAUCCCGCCUAGCUUAGGAACGGAUUUCACUUUGGUGCUGAGCCUGUGCUCUCACCGCAUUAACAAUGCAUUCUUAUUCGCGGUCCGAAGCAAAAAGAAAAAACUUGAGCUCGGGUUGCAGUUCAUCCCGGGCAAAAUUAUAGUUUAUGUGGGUCACAAGCAGUCUGUAUAUUUUGAUUACAAUGUCCACGAUGGCCAGUGGCACAAUAUGGCCAUUGAUAUUCAAGGCCAAAAAGUGACUCUGUAUACUUCUUGUGGGAAGCAAAGAGUAAAUGCCAGUUUGCCUAUAAAGAAAGAUAACACAUUGGAUCCUAAUGGGGUUUUCAUGCUGGGAAAACUUAACCAGCAGACGAUACAAUUUGAAGGUGCUGUUUGCCAGUUUGAUAUUUAUCCUCCCGCCAAGGCAGCUCAUAAUUACUGUAAAUAUCUUAAGAAGCAGUGCAGGCAAGUGGAUACCUACCGGCCGAAUCUGCCACCUAUUAUUCCACUGCUACCCCAAGAAGCCAGUAGGUCUCUCAGCACAGAGAUCAUUUUAAAAUCUCUAGGCAAUCUUACCACAGCUUCCCCUCAGUCAGUCAAAACAAACUUAACAACCAACAGCAAAGCCAGGACUCCUUCUGUGAAGUUAACUACCAAAGCCCCAGCCUUGCCUUCCGUGACAUCUCCAGCCCCUCACAGAACUCAGCUCUUAUCAAGUGUCUCAACCAGGACUUCCACCAUCGCACUCAGGAUAUCUCCAGCCUCUGCCAUUUCACUGGGACAGCCUCGAUCUCACGUCACUCAACAUGGUGCCCUUCCCAGCCAGAACAGCACAAAGAAGCCACAGCCAGAGAAAGUGACGAAGAAAGCCGUCUACCAAAAAACAACCAUCAAGCCUCUAGUAAGUUCUCAUUCUUCCAAGCAGGUUAAAAAGAGCAUGGGAAGCCCAAGGAGUACAAACACCACCACUCCGAAGAAAACGCCUGAGAAAAGGACUAGUGCUCCAUCCCAGAAGAUCCACACUGUCAUGAACCUCAAUGUCCAACCAACCACAUCCUCAGUCUUCUAUACAAAACCAGCCUCCGGGGUCAUUUAUUCUUCCACAUCGACCAUUGCCAGCCUGCCAUUUACUCACGAUUACCUUUGGCUUGACCCAACUGCUUUUCCUUAUUUGAUGGGACCUCCUGGACCUAAAGGCGAUCAAGGUGCCCCUGGCUUACUCGGUCCUGCAGGACUUCCUGGACCACCUGGGAAAAGAGGCCCUCGGGGUCCCCCUGGCCCCCACGGAAACCCUGGCCCACCUGGAUAUUCUGGACCAAAGGGUCAAAAGGGAGAUCCUGGCAUCUCUCCAGGAAAAGCUCUAUAUGGAUUAAAGGGAGACCCUGGUUUGGCUGGUCUGACAGGCCUUCCUGGGCCUCUUGGUCGAAAGGGACAAAAGGGUCAUCCCGGACCCCAAGGUCAUCCUGGUGAACCGGGAGAGCAUGGACCGGAUGGCAGCCCGGGGGCCAAAGGUUAUCCUGGCAGGCAGGGAUUACCGGGACCAAUAGGAGUUCCAGGACCAAAGGGAAGCCGGGGCUAUAUUGGCCCUCCGGGAUUAUUUGGCCUGCCUGGAGCUGAUGGAGAACGCGGUUUGCCUGGAGUUCCUGGGAAGAGGGGCACGAUGGGUAGGCCGGGAUUCCCUGGCGAUUUUGGGGAAAGGGGUCCCCCAGGACUUGAUGGAAACCCUGGUGAACUGGGUCCCCCAGGUCCUCCCGGAGUCCCUGGAUUCAUUGGUGACAUGGGCACUGUUGGCGUCAUAGGCUUCAUGGGACCUAAAGGUUUGAAGGGACUUCCGGGGAACCCAGGAGAAUCUGGACUGAAAGGUGAUAAGGGCAUUCAGGGACUCCCAGGGAUACCCGGAGAAGUCGGAUUUCAAGGUGAUAAGGGUAGCCAGGGUCUACCAGGCCCACCAGGAUCUCGUGGGAAGACAGGACCUGUGGGUAAACCAGGGGAUAAAGGUUUGGUCGGCUUACCAGGUCCACCAGGUCCGGAGGGUUUUCCAGGAGACAUUGGGCCACCAGGACAAAACGGGCCAGAAGGCUUGAAGGGAAAGCCAGGAGCAAGAGGAUUCCCAGGGCCCAGAGGACAGCCUGGGCUUGACGGAGAAGAGGGACCAAUUGGGCCACCAGGACCUCCUGGCCUGGAGGGCUAUCCAGGCCGAAAGGGGUUUCCUGGUAUUCCUGGAGCAGAAGGACCAAAGGGUGAGCCAGGAAACACAGGAAGAGCUGGGAAGAUCGGCGAACAGGGUCCUCCAGGAUUUAUUGGUCCAGUAGGGGAGCCAGGAAUUCCGGGUGAGAAGGGUGACCGUGGCAGUAUUGGGGCUCCAGGUCCGCCAGGAGAAAAGGGAUCGACGGGUCAUACUGGCAAUCCAGGGCCUCCGGGUCCUCCAGGUCCACCUGGGCCUCCGGGUUCGCCUGGAUCUCGUGGCGCUCUAGGGGUACGGGGUCCAAAAGGUCGAAGGGGUGCCAGAGGCCCUGAUGGACCAACGGGAGGACCUGGGCACCCAGGUACCAAGGGACCUCUUGGAGUGCAGGGCAAGGAAGGACUGGUUGGUCAACAGGGCAAGUUGGGAGAAAGAGGACCUGUUGGCCCACGUGGUUUUCUAGGAAUUCCAGGACCAUCCGGCUCUACUGGAGAAAAAGGAAUUCCAGGGAAUCCAGGGCCUCCUGGACCUGCAGGAUCUGUUGGGGCUAUGGGAGAAAUUGGACAUAAGGGACCUCCGGGGGCAAAGGGAGAACCGGGACCACCAGGUGAACCAGGAAUGAAGGGAGAUAUCGGACCGUUGGGGAUUCCAGGAGAACAAGGACUGAUAGGCCAAAGAGGGGAAACAGGCCUGGAGGGGGACAGCGGUAUGAUGGGCCCUGAUGGAAUGAAGGGGGAAAAGGGGGAACCAGGACCAGACGGGGAGAAAGGAGAAAGGGGUGCAGUUGGAUUAGUCGGAAAAGAUGGGCCCCCAGGUCUCAGUGGUCUUCCGGGCGUCAGAGGCACGGAAGGAAAACCAGGAAAACAAGGCGAGAAGGGCAAGCCAGGACGAAAGGGAAACAAAGGUUUUGAAGGGCAUCUUGGGGAGACGGGAUCUCCAGGCCAAACAGGACCCACAGGAAAUCAAGGACCAAAGGGAAGCAGAGGCACUCUUGGACCAGUGGGAUCUCCGGGCAGGAUGGGGGCACAGGGAGAACCAGGAAUACCCGGCUAUCAGGGACACGCAGGCCCCCCAGGACCCAUUGGGACUCCUGGAGUAAAAGGUGAAAAGGGAGAACAGGGGGAGGAUGGCAAGAUGGAAGGUGCACCCGGUCCCCCUGGAGACAGAGGUCCUGUCGGUGAUCGUGGAGAUAGAGGGGAGUCGGGAGAUCCUGGAUAUCCUGGCCAAGAAGGACCAGAGGGCCACAGAGGAAAAGCAGGGCAGCAAGGUUUACCGGGUCAUCCUGGAUCACCUGGUUUUCAGGGCUUAAAGGGAUCCAGAGGCACUGUGGGAACAAGGGGCAAGCCAGGAAAACCAGGGGAACCCGGAGCUCGAGGACCGCCUGGAGCUGUAGGAUUGACUGGUCCUAGGGGAGUGGUAGGAAGACAAGGCCAAGAGGGUCCUCCUGGACCAGAGGGAAUACCAGGGAAAGAUGGCACUGUGGGGAUACAGGGAGAACAAGGAGAUGAUGGGGAAAUUGGCUCUGAUGGCUUGCCUGGAAAGCGAGGAAACACUGGCGUGCCUGGUUUACCCGGGGCUCAGGGACCCAUAGGACUCAGGGGAGAAAGGGGACUACCCGGAGAAGUUGGUGUACCUGGAAACCGUGGCAAUGAAGGCGGCAUGGGAUUUCCAGGAGCCAAAGGAGAGCCGGGAACAAAAGGCCAACCGGGGGACCCUGGAGAGACUGGAUUCCCCGGCAUAGCUGGCCUGUUUGGACCAAAGGGACCUCCGGGUGACAUUGGAUAUAAGGGCAUUCAGGGACCGAAAGGACCUCCUGGCUUAAUGGGUAAUGAGGGAGUCAUAGGACCAAAGGGAAUUGUAGGACCCACAGGAAACCCAGGGCCAAUUGGAGAAAGGGGAACACAAGGCGACCUGGGACUACCUGGGCCUAGGGGCCCUCCUGGUCCUCGUGGAAAGCCUGGGCCUCCUGGACCACCAGGGUUUCUGGAAGCAUUUAAGACAGAAGACAUUAGUGAAAGUUACCAAGCCCUUAUGGACUCCAAUGGACCGUCCUAUCGGAGUACUGACUUUAUGCUGGUGGACCACGGGGGAGAAAUUUUCAAGACUCUUCACUACCUCAGUAGCCUCAUCCAAAGUAUAAAGAACCCGCUGGGCACAAGAGACAAUCCUGCCCGCGUUUGCCGUGAUCUGAUGAAUUGCCAACAAAAGAUGGGAGAUGGCACUUACUGGAUUGACCCUAAUGUUGGCUGUUCUUCUGAUACAAUUGAGGUCACCUGUAACUUCACACAAGGUGGUUACACAUGUCUGAGACCUAUAACUACAUCCAAGUUGGUUUUCGAUGUUGGCCGGGUUCAAAUGAAUUUUCUUCACCUCCUGAGUUCAGAAGCAGUACAGCACAUAACUAUCCACUGCCUUAACGUCCCUGUGUGGGGAAUCGCCUCAGACAAAGUCUCCCCAAAACCCUUGCGCUUCAAGGCUUGGAAUGGACAGAUAUUUGAGGCGGGAGGCCAGUUUCAGCCAGAGGUCAUGCUGGAUGACUGCAGGUUACAAGACGGGCAUUGGCAUCAAACGAUCUUCACGUUUCGGACACAGGACCCAACUCAGUUACCGAUCAUUGACGUAUUAAACCUCCCUCCAUCCAAACCUGGGAAGAACCUUCACUUAGAAGUGGGGAGUGUCUGCUUCUUGUGAACGCCUACUCUGGUUCCUGCAUCCACCUAACGUCUUGAACCCUAAAAUGACCAGUUAUACUGAAUGGAUGAAGGCUGCCGAGUGACUCGCAAAUAUUAGUAGAGCUAAUCAUGUUAUCCUGGACCCCAAUCCAUUGUGCUGCAGAGGAACUUAGACUUGGGGGUUCCCAUCAUGCCCCACUCCCCCCCCAUAUCAAAGGAAUCUUCAGGGACAGGAAACAGAAUAAUCAUUCUCCAGACUAGCUAACACCCACAGGAAAAGCGUGUUAGCCAAAGAAAUGAGGAAAGAUAAUGAGGUCCACCAGUCACGUGCUUGAGCGAUUACACGCAACAAGCCAAAAACACUCUUCAGUCUGUCAUUAUCCUCCCUUUCUGCCGGGGAGCUGGUAACAGAGAAGAAUUUGGGGUAACCUAGGCAGAACGCAUUGUGAAGUGCAAUAUAAGAAAAAAAAUAUGUAAAAGUAAUAUAUUAUUUAAUGCGAUUAAGAGUAGCUUCUCCCCCCUCCCUCAUCUUUCCUGUGAAGGAACAAGAAAACCAAAGUUGUACUUCUUACACAGAGGCGUGACUGAUACAACAACGUGAGAAAAAGGCGACCGGUGCUAUUCCCCUCCCCCACUGUGAAAAUCUCUGGUGCAUUGAAGCUUGUUUUAUUUUUUUUUUAAAAGCUAUUUAAAAGUUUCUGAAGGUGCUGAUGACUUCCCACACACAUUUGUGGGAGGACACCUGGCUUGUAUUAUUUUAUUUUAAUAGGAGGAAGCUAUGGUUGCUUCCUUAUGUACAGCCCUCUUCACCCCUGAGAGACAUUUUCUGGAAAAUUUAUGUAGGAACUGUCUGAUCUCUUGGAAUAUGCUAUAUAUUACAGGAAUUUAGUCUUUUCUAGCGAGACUGGCACUGCAAAUGUUUACUUACCAUCGUAUUCGCACUGAAUUUUUGUGAUUUUUCUUAGGGGCACGCCAACUAGGCCCCAUUCUGUCAUUUUGUAGAUCCUGAAAAUGAAGUUUACAUUUAAUUGAAUUUAUAAAAAAACAUUUGUCUGAGUAAUAGCUCAACUAUCCAGAACAAAAAAUAGAAUUCCAAACAACUUUUAACAAUUUUUAAUUGGCAAGAAACAAAGAAAUGUUUAAAGCACUAUCGUCCUUGACUUUUAAACUUGUUGUAUCCUGGUAAUCUAAACCCUGCAGUGUGCGACUAAAGAGAUUCAGGCAUGAAGGGGUAAAAAAAAUAAUAAUAAAAUGAAGAUAAAUUAAGAAAAAAAUUAAUUUAAAUUAAUCUGUUUAUAUAUUUUAAGGGAAUAUUUUUGUAGGCUUGUGUUCUGAUGAAAUUUGUACCAAAGUCAUUUUUAUUCAUAGAUAUCUUUGUAGAUUUUCAUUUUUUUCACUGCUUGGUUGUAUAAAUUGCUUUUACAGAGCUGUAUGUUUUUUUUUUGUUGUUGUUGUUUUUGGCCGAUUGCUGCUGUUGCCUGUGCAUUUUGCUGCCUGCCUGCUUUUUUCACACCAGAAAUGGAAAAAAAAAAUCAUAUUUUAAUUUAAAUGCAUCUUGAUCCCAGUCCUGGAUUUUAUUUCCCAUGUCUGUCACAUUUCUCUUUGCUUUGUUAAAAGAGAAUUAAUGUUGCUUUUAAAACCCAACUGGCUUUGGAGUAAAAUUCUGUAGAGAUUUUAGUUUCUAUGUGUAAAUUUGGAGCUAAAGAGAAUUAUGUUACCUGUUGUGUUCUAUAUUAUAUAUUGUAAUCUAGGUUGUACUGUACUGAGAAUACCAUGUUCUAUGUUUAGAAAGGUCUAUUGGGUAUGUUUUUUUUCUUGUAAAUGUCAGUUUUGUUUUAUGCUUUUUUUUUGUUUUGGGGGGGGGUUCUGUUGUCAUAUUCCACCAACAAAUUCCAAGAAGGCAAGUUUCUUCCAAAUACCUCAACAUGUGACUUUGGGGCUUUUUCUUUCUUUCCUUCCUGCUCCAUUAUAUGUUGUGUCAUUGCACACUUGCAUCCUUCAUCCUUGCCAUUAUUUCUCUUUCUUUGCCUCACAGACUUCCUGUCUGCCCCAUGUCAUUAAUCUGUUUCAGGGUGUUGGAAUCUCUAUUCACAUUCGUUUUGUUUAAAUAAAACAAAAAAAAAAUAUUUCAGAA